AUGAAGAUUGAAAAGAGUUACCUACCGAAGGCACUCAGGCGCCUUUUUGAUGCAAUUCGGAUGUCGGUGAUCGAACUCAGCAAAAUUAGGUACGAAUCGCCCGUGAAUGAAGGUAUUAUGUUUGGAGCGUAUGUGCAAAAAGACGAUGAUGCACGUGAUGUUGACGAGGAAGAUUGGAAGAAGGUUGAGGAAGAUUCAAGAAGGAAGACUAUGGUGAUAAAGGUUCAGAGGUUUCAAAGAAGGAAGAGAGCAGGUUUUGACAAUGGAGUUGCAGAUCUAAGGCCAACAGGAUGGUCAAAAGGGGUGCUAGCAGCAGCAGGUUUUCCAGAUGAAAAACCAUGCUCCUGUUCAUCAGCGAUCUGA